AUGACAAGCUUACCCGACCAGUUCACUGGUAAAGACGAUGCCUACUUGAUUGACCACUUGCCGCAAGCAGUGGACCGGCUCACCACCUAUACCGUCGCCGACCCCGUGGUGGCGCUGCUCGUACGUGUGAUCCAGGCCAGCCACUACGCCGCCACCCCGGACUGGGAACAGGCAUUGCUGGUUGCAACGAGUGCCCCGGAGUACCAGCAGUGCCUUGACCAGCAGCUGACACGGCUAGCGGCGGCGUACACGGUGGCGCUGGCGACGGACCAACAUACGGAACACCAGGUGUUUGGCGCUAAACGCGUGGUGGAAUUGAUCAAUAAGAAAGUGCUUUCGGUUAACAGUUUACCACAAAUUGAAGGGAUUGAAGUGGUGGCGAAACCGAUCUUUUAUAAGAUCAUCCAGUUGUUGAUUUUGGCACCUCCCGACCACCGAUUGGCCAGUGUCGUCCAGUUUAUUCGUCGGCACUAUAAACCCGAUCCGGAAUUGGAAGGGGAACAGUUUGAGCCUACGCGGGCCUUACUUGACGACGUCUUGAACGAUAAAGUGAUCCAAUUGGACGCGUUGCUGGAGUUCUUGACCCGCCGCGAUGCGCUGAUGGUCCUCGGCGGUUCGAUUCUGCGGCUUAUCAUUGGCGUGGGAGCUCAAGUAUGGGUGACUAACAUCGUCGAACUGAACCUCAUGAGAGUGGCGAAGUAUUAUUCCGAAGUCCUGCUUGAUCGCUUACGGGAACUUUUGGGUCUUGUCGAUGAACCCAUCGAUUUGGAACGCAUACUAGCAGAUAUGAUUGCCCACGAUAAGUUUGGCCGCCCUACGAAACUUGACCAGAACAAAGGCACGGUCGAUUUCGGCCCCGUGGCGCCGGCGACGACGAAUUCGGGGGUUGCGCAGGUGGUUACUCUUGUGAAUGAUAUCAGCUACGAUGUCAAAUAA